AGAUCUUGCAGGAUCCUCAAGAGCCAGUUGUGCAAUGACCCGGGCUUGCGUGCAGGAUUCCUCCAGGGCCCUGCAGGGUCUUUCAGGAUCUUGCAGAGCCCGACUGACCCUUGUUUGCGUCGACCUGGGCCAGUGCGUCCCCGAUCGUGCUCUCCGUCCCCGUCUCCGAACUUCCCGCUCGGAGCCCCCGGCUCGGCGAGCUGUGGCUCGCAGGCCCGGCCCGAGGGCACGAGCCCACGCUCGCCCCUCGGGGCCUUGGCGGAGGCUACGCUCACAUGGAAUAUGUCCAUACGGAGCGUGCGGUCUCCGUAUGGACUUGCUCCGUCUGGAUUUGGCCCGUCCUGAGGGCCGGGCCUGCGGCCCUCCCCGCGGGCGGGCGCCAUCCGAGCCAGGGCCCGCGCAGUGGACCAGAGCGACCGCGUGGCCAUGGAGCUCAGCCCUGGCGGCGAGGCACACAGGACGCAGCCCAUGAUGCGCUCCGAGAGCCUCCAGGAGACGUGCCCCCCGAGUCCUUCAUCCGGGGUUCCGACCAGGCUGCACCCGCCCUGUCGGAGGAGAUGGCCCUCGAGUCGGUGCGCGUCGCACUGGCCAAGCUCAACAGCUCCGAAGGCGCCACCAUGCUGGAAGGAUCGGGCAUGAUCCCUGGCAUAAGCGCGGAGUCCGCCAUGUUCAAGGCCACCGACCUCCUGUUCGGGGUCACCGGUAUCGUCCUCGAGGACCCUGACUACCCGUACGCCUGCCUCUGCGACGCGGAGGGAGCGUGCCAGGAACCACGGCGACGCCAUGGAGACGAGCUGCAAGGGCCGACCGGGAGAUAAUGCUGCUGUGCGCCGCGCAGGCGGUGUUCGAGCUGCUCUGGUUGCGCUCGGCGGCGUGGUCGCAGCUGCCACGGCGCUCUCCUGAGCCGCUCGGGGCAUCAGCGCGCACUGGGGAACGCGUCGCGCCUGCACACCUGCUUGCGCCCCGUGUCCCUAAAGUCCCUCGCCCUUCACCUGCAUGUUUCUCCCUUCCCCCUUUUUCGCCGCCUGAUCGACG